UGACUUGUAACCAUGGAAACGGUGGGUGUCAGCACUCCUGUGAAGACACAGCUGAAGGCCCUGAGUGUAGCUGCCAUCCACGGUAUAGGUUGCACGCUGAUGGGAGGAGCUGCCUUGAGCAAGAGAGCACCGUCCUGGAGGGGACAGAGAGCAAUGCCACCUCAGUGGCAGAUGGAGAUAAACGGGUGAAACGGCGGUUGCUCAUGGAAACAUGUGCUGUCAACAAUGGAGGCUGUGAUCGAACCUGUAAGGACACAUCAACAGGGGUUCACUGCAGUUGUCCCAUUGGAUUCACUCUCCAGUUGGAUGGGAAGACAUGCAAAGAUAUCGAUGAGUGCCAGACCCGGAAUGGAGGUUGCAAUCAUUUCUGUAAAAACACCGUGGGCAGUUUUGACUGCAGCUGCAAAAAAGGAUUUAAAUUAUUAACAGAUGAGAAGUCUUGCCAAGAUGUGGAUGAAUGCUCUUUGGAAAGGACCUGUGACCACAGCUGCAUCAACCAUCCUGGCACAUUUGUUUGUGCCUGCAACAGAGGAUACACACUCUAUGGCUUCACACACUGUGGAGAUACCAAUGAGUGCAGUGUCAAUAAUGGAGGCUGCCAGCAAGUUUGUAUCAACAUAGUGGGUGGCUAUGAGUGCCAGUGUCAUCCAGGGUACAAGCUCCACUGGAAUAAAAAAGACUGUGUGGAAGUGAAGGGCUUCCUGCCCACUAGCAUGACACCCAGUGUGUCCCUGCACUGUGGUAAGAGUGGUGGAGGAGACAGGUGCUUCCUAAGAUGUCACUCUGGCAUUCACCUCUCUUCAGGACUGCAAGAGGCCUACUCUGUCACCUGCGGCUCUUCUUCUUCUCUCAGAAGCAGACAGCAAAAAUCAAAUGACUCUGAUUUUGGGGAUGUCAUCACCGUCAGGACAAGUGUAACCUUUAAGCUAAAUGAAGGCAAGUGUAGUUUGCAAAAGGCCAAGCUGUCUCCCGAGGGCCUGCGACCAGCACUACCAGAGAGGCACAGCCCGGUAAAAGAGAGCUUCCAGUAUGCAAACCUUACAUGCAGCUCUGGCAAGCAAGUCCCGGGAGCCCCCAAGGAAAUGUUUAUCACGGUUGAGUUUGAACGGGAAACUUACAAAAAGGAGGUGACAGCUUCCUGCAAUCUGAGCUGCAUGGUAAAGCGGACCGAGAAGAGGCUACGGAAAGCCAUCCGCACGCUCAAGAAGGCUGCCCACAGGGAACAGUUUCACUUGCAGCUCUCAGGCAUGGAUGUCAAUAUGGCUAAAAAGUCCCCCAGAGCAUCUAAACAGCGGGAGGAGACCUGUGGAGUGGGUCAGGGCCAAGAAGAAAACCAGUGUGUCAGUUGCAGAGCUGGGACGUAUUAUGAUGGAUCACAAGAACGCUGCAUUUUAUGUCCAAAUGGAACCUUCCAAAAUGAGGAAGGGCAAGUCACUUGUGAACCAUGCCCAAGACCAGAAAAUCUUGGGGCCCUAAAAAUCUCAGAAGCCUGGAAUGUAUCUGAAUGUGGAGGCCUGUGUCAACCCGGUGAAUAUUCAGCAGAUGGAUUUGCCCCUUGCCAGCUCUGUGCCCUGGGCACUUUUCAGCCUGAUAUGGGACGUACGUCAUGCCUCCCAUGUGGAGGAGGUCUUCCCACGAAACAUCUGGGAGCCACUUCCUUCCAGGAUUGUGAAACCAGAGUUCAAUGUUCGCCUGGGCAUUUCUACAACACCACCACACACCGAUGUAUUCGUUGUCCACUGGGGACGUACCAGCCUGAAUUUGGAAAAAAUAACUGUGCUUCCUGUCCGGGCAAUACUACCACUGACUUUGAUGGCUCUACCAAUAUAACACAGUGUAAAAACAGAAAGUGUGGAGGGGAGCUGGGGGAUUUCACAGGGUAUAUUGAGUCCCCAAACUACCCUGGGAACUAUCCUGCCAACUCGGAGUGCACCUGGACCAUCAACCCACCACCUAAACGUCGUAUCCUGAUUGUGGUCCCCGAGAUCUUCCUGCCCAUAGAAGAUGAUUGUGGUGACUACCUGGUGAUGCGAAAAACCUCUUCAUCAAAUUCUGUGACCACAUAUGAAACCUGCCAGACCUAUGAACGCCCCAUCGCCUUCACCUCCAGGUCAAAGAAGCUGUGGAUUCAGUUCAAGUCCAAUGAAGGGAACAGUGCCCGAGGAUUCCAGGUCCCCUAUGUGACAUAUGAUGAAGACUACCAGGAACUCAUUGAAGACAUAGUUCGAGAUGGCAGACUCUAUGCAUCUGAGAACCACCAGGAAAUACUGAAGGAUAAGAAACUGAUCAAGGCUCUGUUUGAUGUCCUGGCACACCCCCAGAACUAUUUCAAGUACACAGCCCAGGAGUCCCGAGAGAUGUUUCCAAGAUCUUUCAUCCGAUUGCUACGUUCCAAAGUGUCAAGGUUUCUGAGGCCUUACAAAUGACUCUUCCCACGUGACACUCAGAACAGUAUCCUACCGUGGACUCUGUGGGCUGAAGCUCAGCAUGCCAUCAGCUUGUCGUCAUGCCCACUCUCAGUGACUCCAUACAGUUCAGUUUUUAUAGACAAUACAGAUAUCUUGGUAAACUGAACUUGGGUUUUCUUUUCCAGCUUCAGAUGUGGACUACAUACAGCUUUGAGUAGUGCCAGCUUCUCAUUGUGUGGGUAUGUGUCCUGGAUGUGUCAAGGGCUAACUGUACUGGCCUCCCUUUGGGUUCUCACUCUUCCAAUGGUCUGUAGUGGAAAGGAGGCCACAGAGUGACCACUCUGGCUGCAGCUCCACUUCCUCAAGGCCAGCCCACUUCCAGGGAGCAUCUGUACUCAUGCAGAGGUAAUCAGGCCAAACAGGCAAGCAGGAGGGGAAGCAAGCGCUCCAGGAGCCACCCGGGCCAUCUGAGUCAUGGGAGGGUUCCAAUCCUCUCAGCCUCUAUGAUGCCCAGUUUAAUCCUAAAUGUGUGCAUUCUGAGCAGUGGUGAUUAAAAAAAAAAAGGCUAGAACGAAUUAGAAAUAAAAAGGCAAGUGGUCCCUCUUGGGAUGCCAAUAGUGUGCACACACGCAGAGGGCUGCUUGCAGCAGCAUCCCUUUCAGUCACACUGAGCACUGUGCUAGGGCUUGGAGGAUUCUUGGGUGUGAUCUUGAUGGAUGACAUCAUGGAAGGAGACUUCACCAGUACUGCCAGACUGCCCCUGGUGCCAGGAGUGACUGGCACAGGUGUCUUCCUUUUUCAGAUUCCCAGAGUGAAACAAUC